UAAGUCACGUGAUAUCACCACGGGCAGGAGGGGCCGGUCAUAUGACGCGACGCCCCGGUAGCGGCCUGGACUGACUCUACAGCCCCGACCCGAGAUGGAGGCGACCCUGGAACAGCACCUUGAGGACACGAUGAAGAACCCGUCCAUCGUCGGCGUCCUGUGCACGGACUCGCAGGGACUGAACCUGGGCUGCCGUGGAACCCUGUCAGAUGAACAUGCAGGGGUGAUCUCUGUCUUAGCCCAACAAGCAGCUAAACUAACCUCUGACCCAACAGACAUUCCUGUAGUCUGUCUAGAGUCAGACAAUGGGAAUAUAAUGAUCCAGAAACAUGAUGGCAUCACCGUGGCAGUGCACAAAAUGGCAUCUUGACCUCUGACUCCAAAACAGUUGUAGAACUCAAACCAAUCUUUCCAUCUCUUUUAUCUUGCUCCACUUUUAAGUGCCAGUAUUUAGGCCAACCAUUAAAUGUAACACUUGUUUCUCUUCUGCUUAUUAUUUUAAGUUAUCUUUGGUAAGCACUUAGUGAGAAAGGGUGGUAAUGUUUAAGGCAUCUGUCAAAAUCAAAUUGUUCUGUAUCACUAAACUUUGGUAUGGUCAAUAAAUAUAGCUGGAGAAAAUCA